AUGUCGGACACCGAGGAGCUGGUGGAGGAGUUCGAGGAGGAGGUGGAAGAAGAGGAGGCGGCUGAAGUCUCUCGUCCAGAGCCUACGCAGGAAGAAGACAAACCUGCUGCAGAGGAGGAGGAGGAAGGGGAGGAGGAGGAGGAGGAGGCUGCUGAAGAGCAAGAUGAGGACGGGGAAGCGGAAGAAGGAGAAGAAGAAACCAAACCGAAAUUCAAGCCUUUUAUGAUGCCGAACCUCAUCCCCCCUAAGAUCCCAGAUGGGGAGAAAGUGGAUUUUGACGACAUACAUCGUAAAAGGAUGGAGAAGGACCUGAUGGAGCUUCAAACUUUGAUCGUGGUUCACUUUGAGAGCAGGAAGAAGGAGGAAGAUGAGAUCGUUAAUCUCAAGGACAGGAUUGAGAAGCGCCGCUCUGAGCGAGCAGAGCAGCAUAGAAUCCGCAGCGAGCGAGAGAAAGAGCGACAGAAGCGUCUUGAGGAUGAGAGAACUCGUAAAGAGGAGGAGGAGGCCAAGAGGAGAGCAGAUGACGAUGCCAAGAAGAAGAAAACCCUGACCAGCCUCCACUUUGGAGGCUACAUGCAGAAGUUGUCAGAGAAACGGAGCGGCAAGAGGCAAACCGAGAGAGAGAAGAAGAAGAAGAUCCUGAGUGACAGACGCAAAUCUCUGGACAUCGAGAACCGCAGCCAGGAUAAGCUCAAGGAAAAGGUCCAGGAGCUGUGGGACUGGAUGUAUCAGCUGGAGGGAGAGAAGUUCGACCUGCAGUAUCAGUUGGGCCGUCAGAAAUAUGAGAUUAACGUGCUGAGGAACCGUGUCAGCGAUCAUCAGAAACUAUCUAAAAGGACUAAGAGAGGACUCAGGAAAUAAAUGCUGACUUGAGGAGUGAAUCCAGGAGCCCUGUUAUCACACCACCUCACAACAAAUCCUGGCUCUCCUGCCACACCCAGUCCCACCUGUCUCCCUAAUAAAACCAGUUCCCAUUAUAGCCACUCCACCCCACUAUUUCCCUCAUCCUUUGAAUUAGAUGUUUAAUGGUGUAAAUAAAACCUCAUUUCAGUGA